AUGGCAGCCGCCGCCGGUGCCGGUGCCAUUAACUCCGGCCUACGAUCUCUUCUUCUCAAUACUACCCUUAGACCUUUCACUUCAUCUUUCUUGAGAAAAUUACCACUACCCACAUACCUUUUUCUCCCCAAUACCCCUUCCCACCACAACUUUUCCCAUCGACCCUUUUGCUCUAUCUCACCAUUGACGACAUCCCAAGAAGACAAUUUUAGCAAUCCGAACAGUAUAUCACGACCCAAUGUUUUACACAUUCUUGAAGAAAGGGGGUUAUUGGAAUCAGUGACUAGCGACUCACUUCGCUCCGUUUGUUCCGACCCGAAUUUGGGUCCGUUGAAAGUGUAUUGUGGGUUUGACCCAACUGCUGAAAGCUUACACCUUGGUAAUCUUUUGGGUAUAAUUGUGCUUUCUUGGUUUUUACGUUGUGGGCAUAAUGCUGUGGGGCUUAUUGGAGGUGCUACGGGUCGGAUUGGUGACCCGUCUGGGAAGAGUUUGGAGCGACCCGAGCUUGAUUUAGUGACGUUGGAGAAGAAUAUAUCUGGGAUUGCUGGUAUUGUUAAGAAGAUUUUGGUUUGCUCACCAGGUGUUUGUGAAAAUGCUGGAGAGGUACAAAUUUUGAAUAAUUAUGAUUGGUGGAAAGAUGUGAAGUUUUUGGAUUUUUUGAGGAACGUGGGGAGGUAUGCUAGAGUUGGGACUAUGAUGUCGAAGGAAAGUGUGAAGAAAAGGUUGGAAAAUGUAGAGCAAGGGAUGAGUUAUGCUGAGUUUACGUAUCAGCUUUUACAAGGUUAUGAUUUUGUGCAUUUGUAUGAAAAGGAAGGUGUCAAUGUGCAAAUUGGUGGUAGUGAUCAAUGGGGUAAUAUCACUGCUGGUACUGAUCUUAUUCGUAGGCUUAUAGGAAAAUCAUCUGAAAAUGGAGCUGUUGUUGGCAAUGUUCCGGUUGUUUUUGGGCUUACUUUUCCAUUGCUUCUCAAGAGUGAUGGUACCAAGUUUGGAAAAUCAGAAGAUGGUGCAAUUUGGCUAUCUGCUUCACUUUUGUCGCCAUAUAAGUUCUAUCAAUACUUUUUUACGGUCCCAGAUGAUGAUGUACUGAGGUUUCUUAAGAUUCUUACUUUUCUGAGCAUUGAAGAGAUUGCAGAGCUGGCGAAGGAUAUGGGAAAACCAGGAUAUGUUCCUAACACAGCUCAGCGUAGGCUGGCCGAGGAGGUUACACGGUUUGUUCAUGGACAAGAGGGAUUGGAAGAGGCUCUAAAGGCUACAGAGGCUUUGAAGCCUGGAAAUGCUGCUACCAAAUUGGAUUGGAAAACAAUUGAAGGUAUUGCAGCUGAUGUUCCAUCUUGCUCCAUGAAUUAUGAACAGGUGUUAAACAUACCAAUUUUGGAUCUUUAUGUUUCCAGUGGUUUGCUUGAAAGCAAAUCAGCUGCACGACGAAUGCUUAAGCAAGGGGGACUUUACUUGAACAAUGUCAAAGUUGAUAGCGAGAGUAAGAAGAUUGAGGCAGAUGACAUUGUGGAUGACAAAGUUAUCCUUUUGUCUGCCGGGAAAAAGAACAAGAUGGUUGUUAGAAUAUCCUGA